AUGGGCACCAGAUGGAAAGCAAAUUUAAAGACGUAACAUCAGCGCAGCGGAGAAGGUUUUUUGAUAAAACAUGAGAAUUUUACCUGAUUUUGCCCUUUACGGAUUAAUACCUAUACUAUUUUAGGUAAGUUAUCAGUAUCUAACGGAUUUACUAUAUAAACAUCUUAAAUUGUUACUUUUUUUUAUUUAGCCGUUGAGCAAACUUUUUUUUAAUUGGCCUUUUUAAACUUCUUUGUUCUUUACUAUUUAAAACUUUUUUAAACCUUUAAAAUAAUUGAAUAAGAUAUGAUUUGAUUCCUUUGUUGCAAAUUUUAACAGGAAAUACUGAUAAAGCCUAUAUAUAAUAAAAGAGCGUUGUAUUUAUCUUAUUGAAUUUACCUACUAGAUAAGUACACUGUUAUCGCUAGUGGAAUCAAAAUAAAUUAAAGUUUAUCGUUAACGUAAAUGUAUAUCGUAAAUAAUUUUCUAGAUGACUAAAAUUCAAAGAUUUUCCACAAAAAGACGCGGAAAAGUUUCAUAAGGAAACUCAUUACUUAUUUAAAGACUGUAUAGUAAAAGAAAUGUAGUACAAUGUUUAAUUUUAUUAGCGCCCUCUGUUAUCAAUACUAAUUCAAAUCAGGCCCGUUAAGCGACGCGAAUCGAAAGUUGACAAGUCGUCGGUUAACAAAUUACAUAUUUAAACAUGACUUUUCUUUUUUUUGUUGGGAAAGCCUAAAAACAAAGAAAAAGUCAAAUAAAAGAAGUAAAGUUUUCACCAAAAAUAAAACGAAUAGUCGUCGGAGUCGAGAAUAAUCACGCUCUUAUACUUACACCUCUUUGAUUUAUAACCCAAGAAGAUCGUCGGAGGGCGCUGCGGAUAUCAAAUAUCUAGUUUAUUCUGUCCCCUUUAUAAUAGUUAAAAAUGUUCAUUCUUAUUUUUUAUAUUGAAGAUGGAGGACGUAGAUUCUAACUUUCGUUCAGUUUUGUAUAACAUAUUUGAUAUCUACAGGCGGAAAAUGGGAAAAAGUCAGCGUAAAAAGUAUCAUAAAACCCCACCGAGUCCGCCCCUGGAAAAACACUCGAAAGAGGCAACAACGAUAAGAAAUUCUCUUUUCGAACCAGAUGUCUGCAUGUUAGGUCAGAGCGAUAUUUCACAGAAAGAUCAAAGCGGUUUACCGCCUUCACCUGCUCGAUCGAAGAGUUCUUCGAGGUUUGGCAAGUUCUUCGCUUCGAAGAGAGGAAAAAAGAGCGAAAGGCCUAAAAGUGAAAAUGGUUUUCCGAGACCUGCCAACUCUGUGUCCAGCGUUUCUCUGGCAUCCGAUCAAGAAAUUCAAGAGGAUAGUAAAGAAGACCUGAAAGAAAGGGAUAAUAAUAGACAAAUAGAACAAGAGGUUAAAUGUCGGUCGGCCAAAUGUACCGAACAAACUAUGCAAACAGAUAGUGGCGCCACCAACACCGUAUCAGUACAGGAUCAUCCGGAGGUAACAAACGGUACAUUAAUAAAAAAUGGAAGAAAUGGUAUAGAAAAUAGUAUUGACGAAUCAACGCUGAAGCCAAAAACGACUGUAGCAAAACAAAUCGUUCAAGCCGAUAUAGAAAUGGAGCCUAAACCAAAAACUAACGGUAGACUAUUGAUUAUGGAUAGGAGUGUUAGCCCCACGUCCAGUCUAGGUGAAUCGGUUAUAUCUGGCGUCUCCAAGGCAUCAUCGGGUCGUCUCGCUUCGUCGCAGACAAAUGGUCAAGCAAGAAAUUACACGUUGACAGAAAUUCUGAAUAAGAUGGAGAAUUGCUUUGCCAAAUUGAAUAAGCAUACGGAUUUUACAACUGAAGAAACUCUCGAUGACCUCUCUUACUUAAGCCAACAAGCUCGCUAUAUAAGUGACCAGCAAGUUAGACGGGUUCUAAUCGGAAAGUUAAUAGAACUUGGCUCCAUAAAACUCUUCUACAACGUCUAUCAAUCCGUAAAUAGUCUAAAUUAUUUGGAUAUAAGCAGGAAUAGUGAUUUUGCGACUGAUAAGAUUAGUCUAUAUGAACAAUACGGCGUACAGCAGAGCCCAGCUUUGGGUAAACGCCAAGAAAAUUCUAUCGAUAACGUCAGUGAAGUGAGUUGUUUGUCAAGCACCGCAGAUUUGAAUUGUCAGUCAUCAACUCCAGCUCAAAUUUUAUGCUAUGCUAAUGUUAGGCAUGCAUUUACAAUUUUGGUUAAUUGCACAGAAAAAAGUUACGCAUUAUGUGAACAGUGCGUCCAAAUGAAUAUUCACCAUAUGAUAAUUAGAGACUUAUUCCACCCUGGUUUGAAUGCCAGCGAACUCAAAGAUCAAAAUAGGCUACAUGUUGUUAAAUCAAUUCUUCAUCUCCUUUGUAACCUUGUCAGGCAAAUUGGACCUAGUCUCAGAGCUGAAUAUCGAAAAAUAGGUCUUAUCAAGGCGCUAAUUCAACAUACCAAGUCGCAAAUAACAGUUAUUAGAGCAAGAUGUUUAAUUCUAAUUAGUUACGUAAUAUCGGAGAAUGAAAAUGAUAUUGUAAAUUGCACGGAUAAAAAUUUGGGCUUUCUUGCGAGAGUUUUGCAAGUUUGUUUAGAGAGUGAUUCACAUUUUUCAAGGAAAUUAGGUAUUUGGGCUAUAGACGUCAUAUCCGGACUCAACCGUUACGCCAUCUAUGACGGUAAUAAGCAAUAUCUUGUGAGAAGAGGUUUACUAAACCUCUAUGCUAAUUUCCUCUAUACGGGUUCUGCUGAAGAACAACACGGUUGUUUACAAGGACUUUGGUUGCUAGCUUUCUUCCCACCAGUAAGAGAUGUAUUAAGGCAUCAUGAUCGUUGUAUGGAAGGUAUUGGUAAGUUGGAAGCGCACUCUAAAAGAGAACAAAUUAAGGAAGGUGCUGCCGGUGUUUUAUGUCAAAUAUUUAAUAAAUUGGGAAGUGAGAGAGUAGCAGCCAGUGCAGAUCAACUAAAAAAUGGCGAUAAUAAAAUAAUUAUCUUACGUCAUUCUGAAUCGAAUGAUUUGGCUAAACUGCUUAGAGAGAGUUUAAUCGAAGAAGGUCUUGUCGUUUCUUGCCCAGAUGAAGAUGACAGAGAGAGAAGCCGUUUAUCAAAAUCUUCUAAGAUAAGAACUAGUCGCGUGGUCAUCGCCUGUAUAUGUCAAUCUUUUCUUGAAAGUCCCAGUUCGAGAAUGGAAAUUGAAUAUGCUACAAUAUUAAAGAAACAAAUCAUAUUUGUCCGAGCCGACCGAUCAAUGCAAUUAGAAGGAUGGCUUUCCGUUAUAAUCGGUGAGAGCGCGGUGCUAGAUUUCUUUCAUGCAGACAAUAUUAAUAUUACCGUUGGAGCUAUUUUAUUGCAACUGGGUGGAAUAAAAAUUCAUAGAGGAGAAAGUAUUACUGGCACAGAAGAAGAAAGAGCAAAAACUAUUAUAAAAAGAAAAGAUAAUUUAAAAUCUAUAUCUGGCUGGGAUGUUGAACGAGUGAAAAGUUGGCUAAAGGAGAAUAACUUGAAUGGGACUGCCGAUUGGUGA